UACUCUCCUCCAUCAUUUAAUUUCUUCAUGUCUAUCCGUCUCACAACAAUUAUAUAUAUAUAUAUAUAGAUAUAUGUAUAUAUAUUGACACAUACAUACAAUAUCCAAAAUCUAGAUUGAUAAUAAUCACAAGCUUAUCAAAUUAAUUAUAGUUCAAAGAUCUUACAAGCCAUCAAUGUCGCCAUCGGCUGCAAUGCUCAUACUUUCACAUCCUCUAGUUAGCCACAAAACUACAAAUCAGUCUCCAUCAUUGCCACCCGUCAAGCCGAGCCGUGUCUUUGAUCUUCUUUCGCCGUGGAAGUCAUCAGACAGUGAGGAUCGUGCGGGGGUUGGUCUCGGCUGGUUCUCCGGCGAUCCCGGUACACUAGAGAAGCGCUUCCAAGACGCUCUACAACUUAGCUGUUGGUAAUUUGUGCAAUGUCUGGUGAUGGUUUUACUGGUUGCUUUCACGUAAUUAAGUAUUUUAUUAUUGUCUUGAAAAUGAAAUUUAUGUAAAAUUAAUGGUUGAUUAUGUAAAGAUCGAACGAUAAAUAAAAUAUCCGCCUCAUCAG